CAAACAUUACCGCCUUCUCAUCUUAGACGCCAAAGCGAGGACGCUGCAGUCGCCGAAAUUUUGAGAAAUUUUUAGGUUAUCGGAAACAGUAAUUUUUGUUUAAGCAGAUUAAAUUCAAAUUUAGCCAUGACUAUAGGCAAGAAUAAUAAAAUGGCGCAAAACAUUAAUUACCGGGUUCGAGUCACCCUGCAGGAUUCUAGAACUUUUAUCGGCACAUUUAAGGCUUUUGAUAAACAUAUGAACAUGAUCUUGGGCGACUGUGAAGAAUUUAGGAAAAUUAAACCCAAAAAUUCAAAAGUGGAAAGGGAAGAGAAAAGGGUAUUGGGAUUUGUUCUGCUGAGGGGGGAAAGUAUUGUUUCGUUAACAGUAGAAGGCCCUCCACCACCAGAAGAAGGUUUGCCUAGGGUUCCUAUUCCUGGCGCUGCACCUGGACCAGGUAUUGGUAGAGCAGCUGGUCGAGGAAUGCCUGCAGGGAUGGCUGGGGUUCCAGUUGGAUUGCAAGGUCCUGUUAGAGGUGUUGGUGGACCAUCCCAACAAGUUAUGACCCCUGGAGGAAGAGGUCAAGUCGCUCCUCAGAUGAAUCAUGGUCCCCCUAGAAUGGGUGGACCCCCACCUGGUAUGAUGGGGCCCCCACCUGGUAUGCUUGGGAUGCCUCCUAAUCCAAUGGGUAUGGGUCGUGGUGGACCGCCAAUGGGAAUGCGAGGGCCACCUCCGGGCAUGAUGAGGGGUGGACCACCUGGUCCUCCAAGAGGAUACUAGUAUUAGUUGUGUGAACUUAGGCUUAAUCUCUCAGAAGCAAGAUUUUUUCUGGGUAAUACAUUAUUAAUAACCCUAAGUUGAUAUGUUCAGAUUUUCUUUUAAGGUUAUACCAGUAAUGUAAAACCUGUUCCAAAAUAAAUUUCUCAAACUGAAGUGUUUUUGAAUUCUAUACUCUCUCUAACUGUGAACAGUGAUAGUUUAUUCAAUAACAACAAAAGUGUCAUAUAAGAGUAUGGGAAACACUAAAUUACAAUAAGAAA